AAUCGAUCGGCGCCCAGGAGUGUUUGUCAUAUCGACGGGAUCGCGUACGCAGAGCUUUGUCCCAGUCCUCCUCGUCGAGCGAGAGAACACUUGUCAACAUGGAACCGCCGCCAGUGAAAGCCUGUCUCUUCGACAUGGACGGUCUGCUGCUAAACACCGAGGAUCUAAUCACUGUGUGCAUCAACAUCAUACUCCGAAAAUAUGGCAAGCAAGACCUGCCCUGGUCUCUGAAGGCACGUAUUCAAGGCCGCUCCGCCGAGGCAAGCGACGAGAUCUUGCAAGACUGGGCACAAAUGCAUAUCGAUAAAGACGAGUACAAGCGACAACAGAAGGCCCUCCACGAUCGCAUCUUUCCCACAUCCGAGCCUCUUCCAGGUGUUGUCGAAUUGCUGCGACGGCUGGAUUCUACGUCCGGCGUCAGUCUAGCCCUGGCAACCAGCUCGACACAGGCCAUCUUCAAAACAAAGACUGCCGGAUGCAGGAGCCUAUUCGACUGCUUCCCACAUGACUGUCAGGUCCUGGGCGACGAUCCGAGGGUGGAGCAUCACAAGCCAGCUCCGGACAUUUACCUCCAGGCGCUCGCUUGCGUCAAUGACAGGCGGGAAACGGUAGAUGGUCAGGAUUCUGUGACUGCAGCGGAAUGUCUGGUGCUCGAGGACUCCAUUCAAGGUGUCGAUGCCGGCAAGCGUGCAGGAAUGCAAGUCCUUUGGGUUCCACAUCGAGGCCUGCUACAUGAGCUUUUGCAAGGAGAUAUUGCUAACGAUGAUGAAGCCACACUUGGUUGGAUCCGCAUGCUCACUUCUCUGGAGCACUUCCCGUAUGCCUUGUAUGGACUGUCGAAUUGA